AUGACAGCGGUCAACGACCAGAGUGCAAAUGUUUAUCCAUCACCACGCUCACUUAUUUUCGUGUUCAUUGCUUCACUUAUUGCCUCACUUUUCUUAACACAUUUAAUUGUUGAAUCAAUAAUUGACGCAGUUUCUUAUGACUUGGGCGAUCCAUUACCUCGCAAUGGAGUGCUUGAAAAAAACGAUCGUCUUGCAAAAGCCGAGAUUCUGAUGGAUGGAAAGGUUUACGGGCCGGAAUGUCUCACAGUUCACCCGGAAACUGGAUUGGUCUACACAGGUUUAAAAACUGGUCUAAUUGUGGAAAUUGAUUUGGAAUUGAGAGAGCCCAAAAUAACUAAAGCAGUCAGUUUGAUAACACUUGAAUAUUGUGAUGGAUCAUACCAAGCUGCACCAAGAUGUGGACGACCUCUCGGAGUGCGAUUCAAUGAUCAUGGAGAAUUGGUAGUUCUUGACGCGUAUUUUGGUGUGUAUGUCAUCGAUUUCGGAACAGAAAAAACGAUGAGAGUUCUCGCAAGUGGCGAUCUUCCGCUUAACGAUGAGACGGCUCCAAUCAGAUAUAUCAAUGACUUUGACUUUCUUCCGGAUGGCCGAAUCAUAUUGUCAGAAUCUUCGACAAAAUUCGACGAUCGAGAUUUCAUCUAUGAAUUGUUUGAGCACAGACCAAACGGCCGUCUUCUGAUUUACGAUCCGCGAAAAAAGACAGUUCGGGUUCUCAAAGAUAAAAUUUAUUUCCCGAAUGGAGUACAAGUAGCCGUCGAGAAAGGAGCAGGAAAAGAUGAUGAUGUUCGAGUAUUCUAUAGUGAAAUGGGAAUGACACGAAUUAUGACAAUCUGGGUGCCCACUGAUCCUUAUUCAAAAAAAAAGAUUCGCACAAAAGUACUUAUUGAUCAUUUGCCGGGUUAUCCAGACAAUAUCCGAUUAAGCAAGUCAGGCCAUUUGUUCGUACCAAUGCCAGUUCAGAGAACUAGUUUCGAUCGAUACAUUGAGAAGUAUGCAGCAGCUCGCUCAUUCUUCACAAAGGUAAUUUCCCCUCAACUAUUCAACUCAGCCAGUGUUUGGAUGGCCAAGGGUGAGCCAACAAUCCUGAAGGUUGAUAUCGAAACUGGAAAGAUUAUUGAUUCGUGGUCUGACACGACAGGAAGAAUAUACGACAUUAGUACCGUUGUUGAAGAUUUGAAAGGAAGAAUGCUUCUGGGAAGCGACACAAAUGGUUAUAUUGCAAGACUCAAUUUUUGA